AUGUCGUCUGUAGUACAAGAUGAUAUGACAAAGGAAGAUGAGGUACCAAUAGAUAGUGGAGAGUUGGUGGAUGCAACUAUCAAAGAAGCAGAGUUAUCCGAGAAAGUGGUCCCCAUUCCUAGACCUCCACCACCAUUCCCACAGAGAUUAGUGAAGAAUAUGAAAGAUGGUAAAUAUAGGCAAUUUAUCACUAUGUUGAAACAUCUUUCCAUCAAUGUCCCGUUUAUAGAACCUUUGGAACAAAUGCCCGGUCAUGUUAACUUUAUGAAGGACAUGGUAGAAGAGAAAAAAGAGGAUCCUGGCACCUUCAUUGUUCGGUGUAAGAUAGGGUUGCUACACUUCGUUAACGCGUUGUGUGAUGUUGGAGAGAGCAUAAAUCUCAUGUCAUUGUCCAUUUAUAAGAAUUUGGGUAUGCGAGACCCAAAGCCUACUACAAUACGAUUACUGAUGGCCGAUUAA